AGAAUUCUCUCCUUCCAAUCCGAUCGUUCCUCUUUUGCCAGUCGAGUUUGAGUCAGCUGUUUAGCCGGUACAGUCGUUCUCUCGAGAAUUUUUUUAACGUUUUUAUUAUUUUCUGAUCGCCUGGAAGUUUUUACUCGUCCACAUAUCGAAGAUGUCUUGUUCAGUACCAGUAGCUCCCGCACCACCAGCACUUAAAGAUCUACCCAAGGUAGGAAGCGACUUCAAAAGCGAGCUGGAAGGCUUCAAUUCCAGCAAAUUGAAGAACGCGGAUACUCAAGAGAAGAUCGUGUUGCCAUCAGCCCAAGAUGUAGCACAGGAAAAAACACAUAACGCCCUUAUAGCGGGGGUGGAAAACUUUAAUUGUGCCCUCCUGAAAAGGGCGGAUACCAAGGAAAAAAUUGUGCUGCCCAGUGCACAAGAUGUGGCAGCCGAAAAAACGGAGAAGGCAUUGAUCGAAGGCAUCGCAAAAUUCGACGCCACCAAACUGAAACACACAGAAACUCAGGAAAAGAAUCCACUGCCAGACAAAGAAGUUGUUGAACAAGAAAAGACGCACAAAAACCUGCUUAGCGGCGUCGAGCACUUUGACAGAUCCACAAUGAAACAUGCGGAAACGACUGAAAAAAUUGUUCUGCCAGAUUCACAAGCCAUCGAACAGGAGAAAGUCCAGACCAACCUCCUCUCGGGCAUCGAAAAUUUCGACAGUACCAAACUGAAACACGCCGAAACACAAGAGAAGAACCCACUGCCUACCAAGGAGACCAUCGAUCAGGAGAAGAGCGCUUGAAGUCAGUCCACACGCGACCUCUCUCUCUCUCUCAAUUUUUUAAGUCGAUUUUUGUAAUUUUUUUACUUUUAUAUGAUAUCGAACUAUUUAUUACGUUAAGAUAAUAUAUCCAAUGUGGCCAAUUAUCGAGUAUCCUAUAGAGUCCUAAGGGUUCUUGUUUAUGACAAACUUUAUUUUCGCGCUAAACUACCAACCAAUGCCAAUUUAUAGAGAAUAAGUUGAGAAUUUUUGUCAUAAACGCGGAAGCUGUGAGUAAAAGUCCUUCCACGAAUAAGGCUUUUAUAUUAUGUGUAGAUUUUUGAUUUUUUUAUAAUUAAUAAUAUAUUGUACUUAUUUUUUGACAUUGUCUACAAUAUAAUAUAGUGUCCAAAAGUUUAUUUGCAUAAAGUUAUGGUGCUUUAAUAAAUUUGUCUAUAAAGA